GCGCUGUGACCUUGACGCAGUGUUCAAGCUCGUCUUGCUUAACUUAUCCGAGCUUUCAUUGGUUGCUUAUUGACCUUCACAUUUCUUUCUCGAUCGUGCAUUUCAUGUGUGCUCAUAUUAUUGAAAACCCUAUAUGAUGAUUCUUUCCUCUGAAUGGGAUCUCGUCCCUUACUCCAACCUUUUAGAGGUUCAGAAAGAGGUGUUUGAAUAUUUUACAGACUUAAGAAAUGUUACAAAAUCUUUUUCGCCCCAUCCGGAUCGUGAAUUUGAUAUUAGUAUGCCUGAUGUCGAUCUCGUAUGCACAUGUUAUCUCAAACCAGAAUAUGGUAUCGUACUCUCUGAUGUAAAACUUUUCAAAGAGCUUCUAUUAAAAAUAAGUUCAGCAGGUGGAAAUAAAUCUAGUCAACCAAAGAAAAGAGAACUUCAUAAACUUCAAAAAUUGCAUUCACUUAUUUUACAGGCUCAGAUUUCAGUCCAAAAACAGUUAGAAUCAGCCAGUCCUUGUUCACAUAAUGGUUUAACAUUCACAAAUGAAAAACACCUGAUGGAAUUACUAGCAAAAGAACAAACUUCUUAUAUAAAUACUCUGCCUAGCUCUUACAAAUUGAAAGAUACUACUAAAAGUGUUACAGAAUUUAGUACAAUAACAUUUAAUUUUAUUGAGUUUCCUCAACGAAAUCCUUUUGUUUUUAAGAUACCUCCAAUUGAAAAGUUCUUUAUGAAUAAGCAGAUCGAUAUGGCUUAUUGCUUUGAAAAGAUGCUUCCAUUUCCUACUUCAGUGCAUAAACAAAUUCACCACUCAACUGAAUAUGUGGUAUUGUUAACUGAGAAUGUACUGUCUUUUUUAUUUCUCUUGAAAGCACUUGUUGGUGUUUAUGCACCAUUUGAUGUGACUGUCGAAAAUUCAGGUGCAUCUUUAGAUCGGAAGACUAUCCGAUUUGGAAAUAUUAUAUUAAAAAAUCCGCUUCCUCCAAGAGUUCGCACUCGUUUGUUUUAUGAAUCUUUAGUAAAACAACAAAUGUGUGUUGAACAUAAGUUGAGUGACCAGGACCUAUUAAAGAGUGGCUCCACUAUAAACACAGAUGUAGAAAAAAUGGACAUAUCUAGUUCACGUACGCUUCGAUCAUAUACCAAAGCGCAAGAAUAUGAUUUAUCCACCAGUAAAUUGGAUCUUACUGAAGAGUUAAAUGAUACUGAUGAUGAAUUGAUAAUUGAUUUAGAUGGGCCAGAGAGUAAUGAUCAUAACUCUAAACAAUUGGAUUCUUCGAUUUCCACUCCCGGAAACAUAGCCAAUUUUUGUACAGUUGUAGAAAAAUCUACUGUGAAACAACCGUGCAAUAUAAAUAGCCCUUCUCUAAUUGACUUUUCAAGUGCACCAGCUUCACCUACUGACGAGAUACCUAAAAGUCCAUGUCGUAAUAAAACUAAAGAAUCAAAAUCUAUUAUUCAUUCUCCGAGUCCACGUAUAAUUCCCCUUGAGCCUGUCCAAAUUACAUGUGAAUUACCCCAGGAUUCAUCAUCAUUAGAAAGAGUUAGUUCUCCAAAACGUCUAAAGUCCAACUCUUCUAAAUCAAACAAAAUGAAUAAAACUGAAGUUAAUAAAGAAUCGAAUGUAAAUUCAAUUAAAGCGUAUUCAUAUUCUUCUUUAAGAUUGGGAAAUAAAUGUCUGUUAGUUCAAUUCUACGAUACAAUAUGGUUGAAUAAUGAAAGUUGUCAAGCAUGUAAUACAAUACCGUCUUGUGAACUCUGUCCACUUUGGCCUUCAUGUAACACUCGGAAUCGGACAUGUAACAACGUAGAUGAUGAAUCUAUGAAAAAUCAUUUGAAACCUAUUUGCAUUCAAAUCAAACCGGAGUAUUUAGGUGAUUGGGGCUGUGAAAUACUGGAAAAUCAAGAAUUAGAACUCUCUUGGUUAGGUUCAUGCAUAAGAAAUAAUUCAGAUAUUUUAAGAAUUCGUUUACAUGCAAACUCUGGUAAAAUUAUUUUGGCAGAAUAUCAAUCUAUGGAAGAAAUGUUAAAAACAUAUCUUCAAUUUAAACCACAAGAUAAUAUAAACAGAUUAUCUGGAUUACUGGAUCAACUUUUCAAUUUACAACCCGGAUCUUAUUUACUAACACAAACCAAGUGUUCAACUGAUGAUUCGUUUGAUAUUUAUCAAUCUAUUAAUGAUAAUCCAUCAUCAUAUGAUGUAGAUGCUUGUGAAACUAAUUUAAAUCAAAUUACUAGUCAAUUCUCAACAUCAUCAGAAAGAUUGCUAAAUUUAUUAUCUCUGAAAGGUGAUGAAUUCACUGGAGCCACCAUUCCUGAAGAGAUAGCUAGUUCGCUUUAUUUAGUACGUCGUUUAAAAUUGGAUUUAGAUAUUCCUGCGGGUUUUGAAAAAAUACAUAUUUCAGAAAAUGAUAAAUCCGAGCGAAGUUUAAAACUACCUGGGCUAGAUUGUAUGAAAGAUUGUCACAAGGGAAAUAGUAAUGAAUUAUUAACAAGUAAAUUGACAUCUGACACAACUAAUAAAACUUCUGUCACAAAAGCGAUAAUAUCGAAGAAGAAAAAACCAGCGGCGAAAAAAAACACUAAUACAACAACUGCUAAUAACAAUCAUAACAAAGGAAAACAACCACCUACUACAACAACAACAACAACAACUCCUACUACUACUGGUGGUGGCAAAAAUACAAAUAGUAAACAUAGGCGGAAAAGACAAAGAAGUAAUUAAUUGACUUGUCCGUAACUUAUCUGGUGUAUAUAUGUGUAUAUCGUGUUCAUUUUUUAUGUUUACAUUGAAAUAAAAAAAAGAUUGAAUUGU